CCGUGCGGGGCGUCGGAGCCAUGGCUGAGCCGCAGGAGCAGCUGCUGCAGCUGCAGAAGGACAACCGGGAUGGCCGCCUGCGGAAGCAGGAGCUGGAGGAGCUGGUGCGUGGGCUGGAAGCCGAGAGCGAGUGCCUCACCGCGCGCCUGGACGAGCUGCGGGAGCGCGAGCGCAGUCUGCAGCGGAGACGAAUUAAAGCCUCGCGGGCGAUACGAGGGGAGGCGCGCGAGGCGGCGCGGGAGCGUGCGGAGCGGGUUCGGGGGCUGCUGGAGACCGCGGAGCAGCACCGGCUGGAACUGGAGCAACACAAUCGGAAGCUGCAGGAAGAGUGGGAGGAGCUGUCCAGCCAGCUUUUCUACUACGGAGGGGAACAGCGGAGUCAACAGCGAACGGAGCAGCAGCUCGGGACUCAGCUGGUGACGCUGCAGAAACAUCUGGAGCUGGCGGAGGCCAAAUUCACCAUGCAGGCCGAGGAGCUGCGACAGGGCGCUCAGCGGACGGAAGAGGCCUGGGCGAGCUUCCAGGAGCAGAGUGGAGUCCUGCAGGAGCUGCAGGGGAAGGUGAUGGAGGUAGCGGCUGCGCUGGAGGCUACGCGCGGUGGCUCGCAACCGUGGGACUCUCAGCCUCGACGGGUGCAGGACUGCGCGGGCUCACUCAUGGAGGAGGUGGCCAAGGCUGACUGCGAAAAGCGGCUGUUUGGCGGUGCGGGCGCGGGGAGCCUCAGGCUGUGGGCGCUGAGCGCACUGCAGACGCUGCUCUUGCUCCCGCUGGGUUUCCUGGCGCUGCCGCUACUCGACUUGGCGCUGGCGAGGCCGGAAGCCAUCGGCCGGGGGCUCCCGAGUCUCGGCUCGGAUGCGGUCUUCCGCCGGCUGCGCUACACGCUGUCGCCUUUGCUUGAGCUGCGCGCCCGCGGACUGCUGCCUGCCUAGAGCGCAUCAUGCCGGCUUCGGCCGCCUUCACCUCUGUCUCCUUUGUGGUUUCUGGGGUGCCUGCCUGUGUGAAAAGGCCGGGGGGUGGGGUGGAGUUCGUGUGUUCCUAAGGGCCCAGCGACCGUUUUUGUCACCCAGGCUGCCCUUUCUCACAGCCCUCGCUGCUGAGAGCCAGCCGGCCCCCUAGGAGGGUUGUCUGCUAUUGUGAGCCUGAGCUUUGGGCCCGUCAGGCUCCCUCCGUGGCCUGUGGGUUAUUUCCCCCCGGAUGUUCAGUUACUCCAGAUCCCCCUCAACGUUGGGGUUCCCCCUGGGCUGGUUUGAGUUCCCCAUACCCAAACUCCCUCAAAGCACCUAAGCACACUCCGUAGCGUGGAUUUCGAGGGGAAUGUGCUUGUAUCUGA